AUGGCUUCACAGUCACACCUCGCGAUUCUUCACUCGAACUCGCCUGAAUUACAGCCUCCAUGUUUUUCUUCCAGCAAAUUCUCUGUUGGGUUCUCCAGGAGCAUCGCGAUGGCACCUCACCCACCGCUGCAAUCGUUAUCUUCCUCUUCGUUGGCUGCUAAAAUCACAUGCCCGAGAUUCUGGAGCUUUCGGAAAUCCAGCAACGGAAAUGUUCAAUCUAGACGAGAUGUUGCUGUUAAAUCUCACCUGAAAUUGAAUCUCCCCCUCGUUUCUCCGCAGGAUCAGUGGGGCAACUGGACUGUUUUAUUCUCCAUAGGAGCCUUCGGUAUCUGGUCCGAGAAAACGAAGAUUGGUAGUGCAUUAAGUGGUGCCUUAGUGAGCACAUUGGUAGGACUUGCAGCCAGUAAUUUUGGGAUCAUUGCAUCUGAUGCUCCAGCUUUUGCGACUGUUUUGGAGUUUUUGCUACCGUUAGCAGUUCCAUUGCUGUUAUUUAGAGCAGAUUUGCGUCGUGUAAUAAAGUCAACCGGGACUCUUCUCUUGGCAUUUUUGUUAGGUUCAGUUGGAACAACAGUUGGAACUGUGGUGGCCUAUUUUCUUGUACCAAUGCGAUCACUGGGUCAAGACAGUUGGAAAAUUGCCGCCGCACUGAUGGGAAGACAUAUUGGUGGAGCUGUCAAUUAUGUUGCCAUAUCUGAUGCUCUGGGUGUUUCUCCAUCAGUGUUAGCUGCUGGACUUGCAGCAGAUAAUGUUAUUUGUGCAGUGUAUUUUGCAACAUUGUUUGCAUUAGCAUCAAAAGUACCUCCUGAAUCUACGACAUUGGAUAACGGCGUUGAGAAGGAUGCAGAAGUUGAGCCUAGCAACAAGCUUCCGGUGUUACAAUCUGCCUCAGCCAUCGCUGUAUCAUUUGCCAUUUGUAAAGUUGGUUCCUACUUGACCAAAUAUUUUGGAAUUCAAGGUGGUAGCAUGCCAGCAAUUACAGCCGUCAUUGUUGUUUUAGCAACCAUUUUUCCUAAGCUGUUUGCUUACCUUGCUCCUUCUGGUGAAGCUAUGGCUCUGAUUCUAAUGCAGGUUUUCUUCGCUGUAGUGGGAGCAAGUGGAAAUGUAUGGAGUGUCAUCAACACUGCACCAAGUAUCUUCAUAUUUGCUUUUGUCCAGAUUUCAGUCCAUCUUGCCAUAAUCAUUGGCCUUGGGAAGCUGCUUCGCUUCGACCUAAAGUCGUUGCUCAUAGCAUCGAACGCGAAUGUUGGAGGUCCCACAACAGCUUGCGGGAUGGCCACAGCUAAGGGUUGGAGUUCAAUGGUUAUUCCUGGAAUUCUUGCUGGAAUUUUUGGAAUCGCUAUCGCAACUUUCCUAGGGAUUGGAUUUGGAACGAUGGUCUUGAAAUACAUGUAGAUCAUAGAAUCCCUUGCUCUCUCCAAGAGUGUGUAAACUUAUGUUAAUUAAGGGAAGGACUUUACAAGGGUUCUCUUAAAAAAGAAAAAAAAAAAAAAAAAAACGACACAUUGGACGAAAGCAUGUAGUCUUAGCGUGUACUUGUAGGCAGUGAACAUUUAGAGUACCUAUUUGCAUUUCUUGCAAUAGUCUCUCAGCCUUUCUUUCCAAAACCAAAUGAAUAGAAGGCAUAGUGGUUGUCUCUUGUACAAACACAAUAAAUAUUAUGCCACAACUUAAUGAUCAAGAGAGGUCUACUGUUUAAAUC